CCUCUCGCUCACGCCACUCUACGCCUGUGCGCUUCUCAUCUCCACCGCACUGCUCUCUCCGCUUGUUCGCGCGCUUCUCGCAUCCCACGAAUCUGCUAGCGCACUCCUCGUGCGCGCCGCCCGCUUGCGCCAAGGAUGGAGGACGAGCGUGAGACGGCGCGCCUCUGGCGCGUCAACCGCACCAUCCACGAGCUUGUGCGCGACCGCGGCUACACCGUCGCGCCGCACGAGAUCGAGCUGUCGCUCGACGAUUUCAAGUCCGAGUUCGCUGCCAACGGCAGCGUGGACCGCAAGGCGCUCAACUUCUGGUGCGAGUCGCCCGGCUCGGGCGCCAAGAUCUUUGUCUUCUACGCGGACGAGCGCAAUGUCGGCGUCAAGACGAUGCGCACAUUUGUGCAGACACUCGAGACGCACGACAUCAGUGCAGGCAUCAUCAUCUGGUCGGACAAGAUGACGGCGAGCGCGCGGAAAGUCAUCGAGGCGAUGCGGCUGCAGUUCACGCUGGAGGAUUUCCAGGAGACGAGCCUGCUCGUCAACAUCACGCAGCACCACCUCGUGCCGCGGCACGACGUCAUGACACCCGAGCAGAAGGCAGAGCUGCUGCAGCGGUAUCGGCUCAAGGAGACGCAGCUGCCGCGCAUUCUGCCCGACGACCCCGUCGCGCGCUACUUUGGCAUGAAGCGCGGGCAAGUUGUCAAGAUCACCCGGCCAUCCGAGACGUCCGGCCGCUACUGCUCGUACCGCAUCUGCAUGUGAAGCGUGCCCGCCGCUUCGUCCGCCAUCUGCCUCAUAAGCGCCAGCGCGCUGCAAUCUCGUCACUUCUGUAAUACUACUCCUGCACCAUCUCAAGCACGC